UUCGUGCCGAGGUUUGACCAGGGUUGUCAUCAUGCACAUGAAGAGACAUGGGCCGUAUACUUAACCAGGCUGCAUAUGCGCCGGGUUCGCGAGCGGGGUGUGAAUGGAGGAUCAGAGAGGCGGUCUUUUUCGUAUUCGCUGUUCUCUCGUCAUCUUCUCACUUUUCCUCGUCAAAGAGCUGGAUUCUCUCUUCUUGACGCCUACCCAUCAUGCUCGACCUGAUCCGCCCAUGGCUCACGCCCGCCUAUGCGCUCCCAGGCCUGGUGGUCUUCUGGUUCGUCUGGAAGAUGCUCUCCCAGGCCUACACCACCUUUCGCGUCAGCAGCCUGGGUGCGCGUGCCCCAGUGCGAACUACGUACCUCCCUUAUGGUAUCGAUAUGCUCUACUCGCUUCUGAGCCGCGUGCUCCGGGACGAGGCGCACGAGUUCUGGUUUGAUACCAUGAAGAAGUAUGGCAGAGGAGGUUACACCGUUGAGGCGGGGACUGGCGAGCGGGUUAUCCUGACGGCGGAGCCGGAGAACAUCAAGGCGGUGUUGGCGACGCAGUUCAAGGAGUAUGGCAAGGGAGAGCAGUUUCACAAGGACUGGUUCGACUUCCUGGGCAACGGCAUCUUCGCGGUCGAUGGCACCCUCUGGCACAAUUCCAGGCAGCUGAUCCGGCCGCAAUUCGUGAAGGACCGUCUCAGCGAUUUGGAGAUCUUUGAAGAGCACGUUCAGGUGCUGAUGAGGAAAUUGGAGGGAACCGAAGUCGACAUGUUGGAUAUGUUCUUCAGGUACACUCUGGAUGCCGCAACUCACUUUUUACUGGGCGAGAGUGUGGAUAGCUUGAAUCACCCGCAGACCGCAUUUGCUGAUGCUUUCUUCAAUGUUCAGCGCGUGCAGAGCAUCAUUGCCAGAGUUGGCCCCCUCAACUGGCUUGUGCCGCGGAAGCGGAUGGGCUUCUACGACUCUCUGAAAGUUCUCAACGAUUUCGUCAAUGUCUACGUGGACAAGACUCUGUCCCUUUCUCCAGCCGAACUCGAGAAGAAGACGAGUCACGACGAAGGCUACACAUUCCUCCACGCCAUCGCAGGCUUCACCCGUGACCGCAGCCUCCUUCGCGACCAACUCGUCUCCAUUCUUCUCGCCGGCCGCGACACCACCGCCUGCACCCUUUCCUGGGUCAUCUACCACCUCUCCGUGGAACCCGCCAUUACUGCCAAACUACGCGCCGAGAUCAUCCAGACCGUCGGUCUCCAACGCACUCCCACUUACGACGACCUCAAGAACAUGAAGUACCUCCAGCACAUCUUGAACGAGAUCCUCCGCCUCUAUCCCGUCGUCCCCUUCAACGUCCGCUGUGCUCUCAAAGACACCACUCUUCCCGUCGGCGGCGGUCCCGACGGCUCCCAGCCCGUUGGAAUCCCCAAGGGCACGGUAAUCGGGUACUCGACACUCGUGAUGCAGCGCCGUCCCGAUCUAUAUCCGCCCCCUGAGUCAGGCUUCCCCGACAUCAACAAGUUUGUGCCCGAGCGCUGGGACGACUGGACCCCCAAGUCCUGGACGUACAUCCCGUUCAACGGCGGGCCCCGCAUUUGCAUCGGGCAGCAGUUUGCUCUUACUGAGAUGGGAUAUACGGUGGUGAGGCUGUUGCAGAGGUUUGAGAAGAUUGAGAAUAGGAUGAAUGGUGUGGAUCCCGGAUUGCAUUGUGAUAUUGUGUUGCAGCCCGCGAAACCGGUCAUGGUGGCUUUCAAGUAGACGUUGUGAUGCAGGGACGGGCUUUUGGGCUGGCAAAAUUUCGACGUGUGCGCAUCGGAGGGAAAUCGAAGCGGAUGGGCGUUGUGUUGGUUCUGGUUGACUUUGAUAGCGAGAGAGCUACCAUUUAGCAUGAUUGCUGAUAAGCAGUUCUGACAAACAGUAACUU